CCACGCGGCCGAGGACGUUUGGGAUAUCAUCUAGCUGUGUGCCCGCGUGUGCCUCGUUUUCUUGACCGAGCGCGCGAGUGAUUGAAACGGUGUGACGCAGACCUGACACAGACGAAGAACGAGUUGAGGAGCAAAAGACCCAUGAGCAACAACGGCCCCCCAGCGCGACGGAACGGGAUUUCUUAUUCGCGCAUUAUUCCCAAAAGCAGCAAACAACGGAUUGGAUGGAGAACAAAAGCCCAAAAGCACCCUUCGAUCGUCGACCUAGCCUUCUGUUGUUUUUUCUUUAUUGCUUCAAGCAUUUCGACUGCUGCAUCAGGCAAGUGCAAGUGUGCCUUCGACCCAUGUUCUUGCAAAGCCUAGAUCACAACAUCAAGGCUUGGAGACAUAGUCUGGUCGAUGCGAGACGGAAAGCGGCGAAGGGCGUGCAAGUUGUCUUUGGGUGUGGAUCAAACAUCGCACCGGGCUUGCGGGCGCUUCGACUGAGCCUUGUGGGCGAGUGCUCUAUCUACUUUGAACAUCGCGAGUCUUACACUGGGAGCUCGAUGGCAUGGGAAGGUUGUUGCUUUGGCGUCUUGCUGCAUGGUUUGGGGGGGGAAAAGUACUGCAAUAGGAUAGAUAUACAGGGCGGCGUCCAUGCUUCGUCUGGACUUCUCACCAGGCAAUGCCUUCUUUCCCUUGACUGCAUGUGUCGUUUAACUGAAUCAACGUGAUGAAGCGUCGGGCGUGAGGAGCUAAGGGCAUGGCUUGCGGCGGCGGGUUCGAGUGGUUGCCCACUACCGCUCCCGCCUGAAGUACGGUGUAUUCUCUAUCCUACACACUUCGACAUAGCACAGACCCAGCAAUUCCUUAUUGU